AUGGAAGACCAUGGCAGCAGCCACCCUUUGCUGCAGUCCCCAGCGGCAGGCACCGCCGCCACGCUCGCCUACGCAUGGGGCUACCAGCAGCAGCCCAGCGCUCCACCUCCAUUCGAUGAGCAUCAGGCUGACACCGGCGGCGGCGACCAGCAGCAGCUGGACUUGACGACGGCGCCGGAGCUCCGGCGGGCGCUGGUCCGCGCGCUGGCCGAGCUCCACGCCUCGCGCGCCGCGCACCAGGCGGAGCUCCGUUGCAUGGAGUCCGAGGCCGCGCGGCUCGCGGCGCUCGUGUCGUCCGCGGCCGCCGAGCGGGACGAGCUCCGGCAGCACUGCCACUCCCUCCUCCUGCUCCUCCACCACCAGGCCCAGGCCCAGGCGGUGGUGGGGCCGCCGCCACAUACUCCGAGCCUCCACGUCCACGCUGCUAGCGUCCUGUCGGCAGGAGGAGGAGGAGGAGGAGGCUGUACCACUGCUGCCGCGGUCAUCAUGAACAACGAGAACGCGCCGGACGCCGCCUGCGCCGACGACUCGGAGCUGGAAAUGGCGCUCGCGCGUCGGCUGCCAGAGAAAGGCCGCCUGGUGGAGGCCGUGGUGUCGGCCGGGCCGCUACUUCAGACGCUCCUCCUCGCCGGGCCGCUCCCGCGGUGGCGGCACCCGCCGCCGCCCGCGCCGGCCGACAUCCCGCCGUUCAACCCCGGGCGCCACAGCCCUCUCAAGGCCGACGCGUCCAACAACUCCUUCUCGUCGGCCUCGGCUGGGUCGUCGUCUCCCGAGAGCAACUGCAGCGGUGGGCCUCCGCCGCCGCCGGUGGCGCUCGCGCUUCCUUCGUUUCACAUGAGCCCCUUCUGCCUGUAG